AUGUUCAUCAGACGAUGCCGCAACGUAACGGGAUCAUCUCAGAAGACUAAAGGAUUGAAUCAGGAAGACUACAGGAAUGCAGAAAUUGCGCUGUGGCGGCUGGCACAACAGGACGCGUACGCUGAAGAGCUGAAGCAAAUGGGAGCAGGAUACAAAUGUAGAAGCCAGAAGAACAGUACCCUGAGAAAGCUAUCUCCGUUCAUCGAUAAGGGUGGAGAGAUUCGUAUGGGAGGUCGUAUCGGUGCGUCACCCUUUGCUUCGUAUGACGCAAAAUAUCCGGUAAUCCUGCCCAAAGGACAUCGAGUUACCGAACUAGUUAUCGACAGCUGUCACAGAAUGUACGGGCAUCAAAAUGGAGAAACGGUGGUAAACGAGUUGAGGCAGAAAUACCACAUCUCAAACCUGCGUGCUGAAGUUCAUUACUUUGGACCGUAUUUGAUCAAAAUCGGCAGAAGUGCGGUGAAACGAUGGGUCGUACUGUACACAUGUCUAACAAUUAGAGCAGUGCACCUAGAAGUUGCGGCAUCUCUAUCGACUGAAUCGUGUAUGCUGGCGCUUCGCCGGUUCAUAGCCAGACGCGGUGCACCACAAAAGAUUUACACCGACAACGGGACCAACUUUGUUGGUACCGAACGGGAGUUGUCAAGGCAACUAGAAGACGUGAACCAGAAACUGUCUGAGAGUUUCACGAACGCAAAUACAAGUUGGAACUUCAUUCCGCCAGCCUCUCCGCACAUGGGCGGUGCGUGGGAGAGGAUGGUAAGGGCUGUAAAGGCGGCUAUGAGCUCGAUAAACCACUCCAGAACCGUAACAGAGGAAGUGUUUUACACCGUUCUAUGCGAAGCCGAGUCCAUGGUCAACUCGAGACCAUUAACAUACAUGCCGCUGGAAGGUUCGGAUCAAGAGGCUCUUACUCCAAACCAUUUCCUUCUGAUGAACUCAGAUGGAGUGACGCAAACAGAGAAGUCGCUGACGGAGGAAAGAGAAACUCUACGCAAAACGAAAGAUGUUGAAGUGGACGACAUUGUGUUCAUCGUGGACGGAAAUAUCAGGAAUCGCUGGGUUCGAGGUAAAGUAACAGCAGUAUUUGCAGGGAAGGACGGCCGUAUCAGGCAAGCGGAAGUCAGGACUAACUCAGGAAUACUUCGUAGACCCUUCGUCAAGCUGGCGGUCAUGGAUAUUGUUUCAGAGAGUAAAGCUGAGGGAGCGGAGCAGCUUUACGGACCGGGGAUUGUUGACGAGACCGUAACGCAUGCGGGUAGACCCAGCUUGAGCCGCUUCGACCACAAACAGUCACCCGGUUGCGAGGAGGCAACUAUUGCAAAACAUAACCACGUCAAACAAUGA